AUGGUCUUGGGCAUCUCUUGCAUCGCAAUUUGCAUUUCUAGGAGGGCUUCCAAACUUCGACGAUGUGAAAUCGAAAGUAUUGCACGUCGAGAAACUGGGUUCUGUAUGCCAAUUUGGCGAUAUUUAUCAUGCGCUCCACUGUUACCCAUUCAAAACAUCGAGUCAAAAGCCAAGAUCCUGGGCAAGUUAUCCAUCGACUAUUCUAAUAUUCAUUUCGACUGUUUAGAAGAUACUUCGUCCUUCGAUAUAGGCAGCAAGAUGCGCAAUGUUUAUAUAUUGCGGCUCUUCAGCAAGGAGGGAUUGAUUUUAAGAUGCAUCAAAGAAAUACAAGGAGUGUAUGAAAGAAUUGGCCAUAUCUUAUUAUUGGAAUUUAAAGAUUCGGAUUUAGGCGACGAAGUAUGCCAUGCAGAAGAGAGUGCAUAUGUUCCAAGAGAGAAACACAAUUUUGAUACCGAUAAGCAUGUCAUACUUUUAGUUUAG